AUGAAGGAUUUGAUAAGCGAUAUUGGUAUUUCACCUUUUUCUUUAAUAAUUGAUGAAAGUACAGACGUUGCAAGAAAGAAGGUUCUAUGUAUUAUAAUUAGAUAUUAUUCUCAUCAAAAAAAGAUAAUAGUCACAACGUUCUAUCGCCUUAUAAAAAUUUCUGAUGCUUCUGCCAAUGGUAUAUAUUCAGCGCUGACGUCACAAUUAAAAGCAGAUAAACUUCCAAUUGAAAAUUUAGUCGGUAUAGGUGUCGACGGUGCCAGUGUUAUGGUUGGAUGUAAUCAGUCUGUUGUAAGUCUUCUUCGAAAAGACUUACCAGAUUUAAUAGUAAUGAAGUGUGUAUGCCACUCAUUACAUUUAUGCGCUGAAAAAGCAACAGACGUACUGCCUAAAGAUUUAGAAUACUUAGUGAGAGAGGCUCAUAAUUGGUUCUCGUACAGUCCAAAAAGAUUAGAUGAAUAUAGAGAUUUAUAUGAAACGAUGAAUAAUGGAAAUAGAAAACCUAAAAAAAUCACUGGUUUGAGUGGAACCCGUUGGCUCGCUCGAUACAAUGCCAUUGAUACUAUAUUGCACCAAUGGGAUGAAUUAAAGCUUCUUUUUUGCUCGCAAAAAGUGAUGAUAAAUGUUUAACAGCAAAAAAUUUACAUGGAAUUAUGAAU